CAGCGCCGACCGCCCGGGGAUGCACUGGGGGCAUCUCCUUCCCCUUCCCUCUGGCAUGGAGGCAAAUCCCAUCCUGUCCUUGUUCUUCCUCCCCCAGACAAGGAGCUGAAGAUGGAGACCAGGGAGGACAAAUCCCCGCAGCAGAGCCUCAUGGAAGAGGCCGUUUCGAGUGGUUCCACAGUGCUGGAAUCCAAUGGGGAGGAAAAGCCCCAGAGAUCCCGCAGGAAGAGGGGCUCCAAACCCAGCCCAGAGUGCUCUGAAGAGAAAAGACCCAGUCUGUGCCAGGAAGGUGGACAGAGCUUCAGCCAGAGCUCGAAGCUGGUGGUGAAUGAGCAGUUUCAUGACAGGGAGAAGCCCUACAAGUGCUUGGAGUGUGGGAAGAGCUUCAGCCGGAGCUCCAACCUGAUCCGCCACCAGAUGAUCCACACUGGGGAAUGGCCCUACAAGUGUGGGGAAUGUGGGAAGGGCUUCAGCUGCAGCUCUGAGCUGAUCCGCCACCAGAUGAUUCACACUGGGGAACGACCCUACAAGUGUCCUGAGUGUCAGAAGAGGUUUCGGAUCAGCUCCCAUCUCAUCCUGCACCAGCGGAUUCACACCGAGGAGAG